CUGCGAGUCUUACCAGUACUCUGAGUGUGUCAGAGAAAGAGAGUGUGUGUGUGUGAGAGAGAGAGAGUUCUUCCCUCUUCAUUAUCUCUACUCAGACCAGCAGAGAGACAGCAGCAGAUUAACUGAGAGGAAGAGAGAUGUCUGUUCGAGGUGUGCCUGUGUUGGUUGUUGUGUUCUGGUGUGUCCUGUCUGUCUGUGAGGCUGGGAGGCAGAUGCCUAAACUCUCCGAAAAGAAAGUGUGUGCCGACUCCGAGUGUAGCCAUCCCAUCCUGAUAGCACGUGCUGUAGCAGACUACUAUCCAGGAGACUGCCGGUUUAUCUCUCUGCGUGAAGGACAGGUGGUCUACGUCUACGCCAUGCUGAGGGAUCGAGGGAAUAUGUUCUGGGCUGGCAGCGUCCAGGGUUCUUACUAUGGGGAGCAGGAGGCAAGACUGGGACAUUUCCCAAGCAGUGUUGUUGAGGAGACACAUGCUCUUAUGCCGGCUACCACCGAGGUCAAGACUGAUAAAUGGGACUUCUACUGUAACUGAAGAAUGAAGGAUUCUCCUCCUGCUGGGACUCUCACUCCUCCCACUCCUGCUGACACUCCUCCUACUCCUGCUGGCACUCUUCCUCCUGCAAGCCCUCCUCCUCCUGCUGGCACUCCUCCUCCUGCUGGCACUCCUCCUCCCACUCCUGCUGACACUGUCUCCUCCCACUCCUGCAGGCACUCCUCCUUCUCCUGCUGGUACUCUGACUCCUCCUGGUGGCACUCCUCCUGCUGGCACUCCUCCUCCUGCUGUCACUCAGUCCUGUCUCCUCUGUCUCCUCCUUUCCUGGCUGGCUCUCUGUUACAUGUGGACAAACCUGUUAUAAACAAUAUGUUAUAAACAACAUCCCAACAGUAUUAAUAAAGAAAUGUUUGCAAUAAAGCUUC